CGGCUGCCGCUUUGUUGUGCGGCCCGGGCCGAGGAAGGAGAAGUGGGAGGAGGGGGGAGCUCGGCGUCCCGCUCCCUCCGCGGCUCAUGGCGACGACGCUCGGCACAUCCGGGACCCUCCUGCCGUGGCGGCCGCGGCGCCGGCUGCUCGGGCCCCAGCCCCGGCAGCUGUGGUGACUCCGCCGCGCCUCGCCGUCGCCCCCGCCCCGCCCGCCGGCCCCGGGCCCCGGGCCCCGCGCCGCCGCCGCCGCCCCCGCCGCCGGGGAAAUGUCUAACCCGGGGGGCCGGAGGAACGGGCCCGUCAAGCUGCGCCUGACAGUACUCUGUGCAAAAAACUUGGUGAAAAAGGAUUUUUUCCGACUUCCUGAUCCGUUUGCUAAGGUGGUGGUUGAUGGAUCUGGGCAAUGCCAUUCUACAGAUACUGUGAAGAAUACGCUCGAUCCAAAGUGGAAUCAGCAUUAUGACCUGUAUAUUGGAAAGUCUGAUUCAGUUACGAUCAGUGUAUGGAAUCACAAAAAGAUCCAUAAAAAACAAGGUGCUGGAUUUCUUGGUUGUGUUCGUCUUCUUUCCAAUGCCAUCAACCGCCUCAAAGACACUGGUUAUCAGAGGUUGGAUCUAUGCAAACUUGGGCCAAAUGACAAUGAUACUGUUAGAGGACAGAUAGUAGUUAGUCUUCAGUCCAGAGACCGAAUAGGCACAGGAGGACAAGUGGUGGACUGCAGCCGUUUGUUUGAUAAUGAUUUACCAGACGGUUGGGAAGAAAGGCGAACUGCCUCUGGAAGAAUCCAGUACCUAAACCACAUAACAAGAACUACGCAAUGGGAACGCCCAACACGACCGGCAUCUGAAUAUUCUAGUCCUGGCAGACCUCUUAGCUGCUUUGUUGAUGAGAACACUCCAAUUAGUGGAACAAAUGGUGCAACAUGUGGACAGUCUUCAGAUCCCAGACUGGCAGAGAGGAGAGUCAGGUCACAACGACAUAGAAAUUACAUGAGCAGGACACAUUUACAUACUCCUCCAGACCUACCAGAAGGCUAUGAACAGAGGACCACACAACAAGGCCAGGUGUAUUUCUUACAUACUCAGACUGGUGUGAGCACGUGGCAUGAUCCAAGAGUGCCUAGGGAUCUUAGCAACAUCAAUUGUGAAGAGCUUGGUCCGUUGCCUCCUGGAUGGGAGAUCCGUAAUACGGCAACAGGCAGAGUUUAUUUUGUUGACCAUAACAACAGAACAACACAGUUCACAGAUCCUCGACUCUCUGCUAACUUGCAUUUAGUUCUAAAUCGGCAGAACCAAUUGAAAGACCAACAGCAACAGCAAGUGGUAUCGUUAUGCCCUGAUGACACAGAGUGUCUGACAGUCCCACGGUACAAGCGAGACCUGGUUCAGAAACUAAAAAUUUUACGGCAAGAACUCUCCCAACAACAGCCUCAGGCUGGCCAUUGCCGCAUUGAAGUUUCCAGGGAAGAGAUUUUUGAGGAAUCAUAUCGACAAGUCAUGAAAAUGAGACCAAAAGAUCUCUGGAAGCGAUUAAUGAUAAAAUUUCGUGGAGAAGAAGGCCUUGACUAUGGAGGGGUUGCCAGGGAGUGGUUAUAUCUUUUGUCACAUGAAAUGUUGAAUCCAUACUAUGGCCUCUUCCAGUAUUCAAGAGAUGAUAUCUAUACAUUGCAGAUCAAUCCUGAUUCUGCAGUUAAUCCGGAACAUUUAUCGUAUUUCCACUUUGUUGGACGCAUAAUGGGAAUGGCGGUGUUUCAUGGACAUUAUAUUGAUGGUGGUUUCACAUUGCCUUUUUAUAAGCAGUUGCUUGGGAAGUCAAUUACUCUGGAUGACAUGGAGUUAGUUGAUCCAGAUCUUCAUAACAGUUUAGUGUGGAUACUUGAGAAUGAUAUUACAGGUGUUUUGGACCAUACCUUCUGCGUGGAACAUAAUGCUUAUGGUGAAAUUAUUCAGCAUGAACUUAAACCAAAUGGCAAGAGUAUCCCUGUUACUGAAGAAAAUAAAAAAGAAUAUGUCAGGCUCUAUGUGAACUGGAGAUUCUUACGAGGCAUUGAGGCGCAAUUCCUGGCUCUGCAGAAGGGAUUUAAUGAAGUAAUUCCACAGCAUCUGCUGAAGACAUUUGAUGAGAAGGAGUUAGAGCUCAUUAUUUGUGGACUUGGAAAGAUAGAUGUUAAUGACUGGAAGGUAAACACCCGCUUAAAACACUGUACACCAGACAGCAAUGUCGUCAAGUGGUUCUGGAAAGCUGUGGAGUUUUUUGAUGAAGAACGACGAGCACGGUUACUUCAGUUUGUGACGGGAUCAUCUAGAGUUCCUCUGCAGGGCUUCAAAGCUUUACAAGGUGCUGCAGGCCCACGACUCUUUACCAUACACCAGAUCGACGCCUGCACUAACAACCUGCCAAAAGCCCACACUUGCUUCAAUCGAAUAGACAUUCCGCCCUAUGAAAGCUAUGAAAAGUUAUAUGAAAAGCUGCUAACGGCCAUCGAAGAAACAUGUGGAUUUGCUGUGGAAUGACGAACUUCAAGGAUUUACCCAGGACUCUAUUUAUACCCCUCCGACAGCCUCCUUUCAGCAGAGUUUCAAGGAAUGCUGAAAUACAGGAAAAUGCCCCUCCCCCCUUUUUUUAAAUUUUAGGACACUGUGAGGGGAAAGGACAAUUUUGAAAUUCCUUUUCAAGGAAAAAAAGAGGUCUUUAUGCUUUGUCAUGAGGCCACAUUCAGCUGCUAUUUAAAAUUAAUAUCUUGAACCUAAAGAAUGCUGACUUUUCCUACAUUUCCAGAGUUAGGCAGUAUUCUAUACUUAAAGACUACUACUAUUUUUAUAAAAGGUAAUCUAUUCAAAUCGCUUCACAGAUUUCAAGUCUCUCAAACAUCGACAACCUCAGCAGUCGGUACAAGUCACAUUUCAUUUUAAUUGAAUACAUGAUUUUGAACAGCUCCUGUACUUGCUCUUUGUAAAAAAAUAAAAUAAAAUUAUUUUGAAUUAUUC